AUGAUUGUUAAGAUGGUGGUACUGGUUCAGAAUCCAAAUCUGAAUGUGAGUCAAUCAACAGUGGCAAUUAACCAUAACGAAAAGCUGGUGAAAUUAUGCAGAAAUAAUUUCAAGAUGUGGCAACAGAAGAUAGUUUUCUAUUUGACCACAAGGAACCUUUCAAGGUUCUUGAAAGAUCCUCAUGUUCUUGAAGAUGGAGAAGACAUUGUUGAAGCUUGGAAGAAUUCAGAUUAUAUAUGUCAGAAUAUAAUACUAAAUUGUCUUCAAGAUUCAUUAUAUCCGAUAUAUGUUGGUUAUGAAACAUCAAAGAAAUUGAGGGACACAUUGGACCACAAGUACAAAGCUGAAGAUGCUGGAACUAAAAAGUUUUUAGUUACCAAGUUCUUGAAUUUUACUAUGGUUGACUCUAAACCAGUAGUAAAACAAGCGGAGGAAUUCCAACUAUUGAUAAAUGGAAUCCUUGCCGAGAGAAUGGUCAUAGAAGAAGACAACAAAAUUACUGCCAAAAAGCUCAACAAAGAAGAGGCUGAGGCAAACGUGAUAGAAGUCAAAGACUCUAAGAAGGGAAAACAACCCAAGAAUAGGUUAAAACUGGGACCUAAAGGAGGAAUUUCCAAGAAGGAAAAAUACCAAGGGAAGUUCUUUAAAUGUGGAAAGAUGGGGCACAAAUCCUCUGAGUGUAGACAUCCAAAGAAAGCCAAAGCUCGUGAGGCUAAUGCUGUGGAAUGA